GACCAGAUCGAACUAACUCCUCCCCUCCUCCCGAGAAAACCUCUCCACCCUUCGCCUCCACAAGUCCUCAGAUCCCCGACGCAACCCUCGCGUCGCCACCCAAAUCCCCACCCCCCCACUCCGAUCCGGCGAGCCGCCGCCGCCAUGUCCCGCUCGGAGCGGCGCCUCGCUUCCGCCGUGGUGCGCCUCCCCGGCUGCUCCAGGGUCUCCGCCUCCCCAUCCCCUCGCCGCCGCUCCCCGUCCCCUUCCCCGCGCCGUGACCGCCGCCGCGACCGCUGCCCCAGCCCGUACCGGGACCGCCGCCGCGACCGCUCCCCCGGCCCGAACCGGGACCACCGCCGCGACGACCGCUCCCCCAGCCCCUACCGCGAUCGCCGACGCCAGUGGUCGCCGUACCACAACGACCGCGGCCGGGACCGCGACCGGGUUCCCCCGGUCCGCGGCGGCGGGGGUGGGGGCGCCUGGUCGGCCUCCGACGACGACAACGACCCGGAACUCCAGGGCCUCACCUACUUCGAGUACCGCCACAUCAAGCGCCAGAAGCUCCGCAAGAGCAAAAAGCGGUGCAUCUGGAACAUUACGCCCAGCCCGCCUCGUGCCGAGGGCGACGAGGAGAACUACGGUUACAGCGACGUGGAGGAGGAGAAGAAGGAAUCCCCAAAGAAGAAGGACUCGCCGGAGGCGAGCGAGGAGGACAGCAAGAACGCCUCGGGGUCAGAGUCUGGUGAGUCUGAUAGCCUAUCCGAAUCCAGCGAAUCCGAGUGUUCUAGGAGGAAGCGGAAAGGGAGAAAGAGCAGUCGCCGUAGUAGCAAGCGGAGUCGGCGCCGCCAUCGCCAUCGUUCCUACAAUUCUGAGAGUGAUGUGGAAAGCGAGAGCAACGAUGAUUCAGAGGGCUCGUUUGAUUCUGAGGACUCUAGGGAUAGGAGCAAGAAGAGAUCGCGGAGGCACACGAAAUCUAGGAGGGGUAGGAGCUCCAGGAGGAAGAAGAAGAGCCAUGAUACAGCAUCUGAGCAAAGCUCCGAGGAGGCGGAGCAUUCUGACCAUAGCGCCAGGGACAGUAACAAAAAGAGUAAGAGCUCAAAGAGGAAGAGGAGCAAGCGGUCAGACUCUGAAGAAUCACUACCUUCUGAUGCCAAUCCUGAUGUUAAGGAAGAUGAAGAAAUAAAGGAGCCAGUCAUUGAUCCGGAAGCAAUCAAGUUCAAGGAAAUGCUUGAGGCCCAAAAGAAAGCUGCCUUGGAGAACGAUAUGCCUGUUGGGCCAAUGCCUCUUCCUCGUGCAGAAGGGCAUAUUAGCUAUGGUGGUGCACUAAGGCCAGGUGAAGGUGAUGCUAUUGCACAGUAUGUUCAGCAAGGCAAGCGUAUUCCGCGACGUGGUGAGGUCGGUCUGUCUGCAGAGGAGAUUCAGAAGUUUGAGGAUUUGGGGUAUGUGAUGAGUGGAAGUAGACACCAGAGGAUGAAUGCUAUCCGUAUCAGGAAGGAAAACCAAGUUUACAGUGCUGAGGAUAAGAGGGCGCUGGCUAUGUUUAACUAUGAGGAGAAAGCGAAGCGGGAACAUAAGGUUAUGGCUGACUUGCAGCGCUUGGUGCAGAGAACCAUUGGCAACGAUGUGGGGCCUUCACAUGAUCCGUUUGCUACUACAGAUGGCUGAGUAAUGAUUUCCUGAUCUUCUACAAUGAAAAUGGUCAGCUGUGUUGUUAGGCAUGCUCUACCUGUUUGUGAUUUCUUGCCUACAUUUUAAGUAGUGAUGAAAUAGUCACUUCCCUAGCUAUGCUCAGUACUCUUAUGCGGAUAUUACUCAUGGAACCUUAGUAAGAAAAGAGCUUAUUGUUAGCUUGUAUUGUUGUAUUGGCUCUAUGUUGUUAUAUGGUUACUAUCCUUUCAUGUCCUUAUGUUUUCUAUUAUUAUGGUUUCAAGCUGCUUUGUUUGUAGCAUGUUCCCUUGGAGUAUGCAUAGGAUUAGCAUAUAGGCAUACCUUGGAUUGUUAGUAAUCUGUAUCCCUUUUUCAGUUUUUUUGCCAUAUGCAACUUUUAAUUUUUAGUAUUUAUAUUUUGAAACAAACCAUGAAAAUCAACACUACCAUUCUUCCCAUUAAUUCAAACUAUCAUCAUUAUGGAAUCGCCUGGUAGGAAAUGUUUGAAAUACCAUCCCAGGAUCUUGUGAAUCAGUACUUUCGUAUGAAAUCCAAUUGCUGGUAUUGUAAAUUGCUCCAGCUUCAUUGAGCGACUGAUCUUGCACUUCCUGAUGUUCCUGUAGCUUUAGGUUUUCAAUCUUGAUUUCUCAGACUGGAAGUUGAUUCCUCACUUUUAUUUUCCACACUAGUGGUUAUGAACUUAGAGAUAAUUUUCAUAUGCAGACACAUACUCUAGUCCGUGAUCUUGUGCCUAUUUCAUCGAUAGUGUUGUGAGUUGAUAGUUUGUUUUAGGCAUAGUUCAAUCAAUCAUGAGCAUAAACACUGUCCUGUCUGCUUGACUUAUUGAUCAGCACACUUAUUCAGCACCAAAAAUCGAUCAUGUUGUCUCCAGAAAAAAAAGACCUUGCUCCCUGCUACCCUUCUUAUUUCAAACUGAUGCAUUUUACCUGAUAAAAUUGUUAGUUUUUUCUUGGAACAGCUAUUGUUGCCACAUAAAAGCUGCACUCAGCGUUCUGCACAAGGACGGCCGCCAUAGUUGUUUGGUUUCAGGGGCUAAACUUUAAACCAUGUCACAUCAAUUUUUUUUUAGUAUUUAGUAGUAUUAAAUGAAGUCUAAUUAUAAAACUAAUUGCAGAACUUCGGGUUAAACUGCGAGACAAAUCUAAUGAGAUAUAUUAAUCCAUAAUUAGAGGAUGGUUAAUGUAGCAUCAUUGUAGCAAAUCAUGGAUUAAUUAGGCUCAUUAGAUUUAUCUUACAAAUUAGCACCCAUCUGUCAAAAAAAAUUAUAAAGAGUAAAGUGCAUGCACCAUACAUGAAGUUGUAUUAUUGUUUCACUUUGAUCCAACAAGUUGCAAACGUAACAAUACGAUACACCAAGUUGCAAAAUACACUAUUGUACGGUCCAAGAUUGUUACUUAACAAUUUCUUUGCCACCUUUUUGGGCUAAGAUGAAGUCGCAACGUUUGUAUUAUUGUUUGGGAAGUGGAUAUAUUUCCUGUGUUCUGCAUAAAGUAGUUUAUAGGAUUGAGAAAUCUCAAAAGAAAAAAGAAAAGAAAUGAAAGAAGCAGAACUGAUGAGUAAAAUCAGCUGCUUGCUACGGCCAGCAACUAGAAAAAAGCGAUUCGUAGUUCACGACGGCCGGCGAGUCUGAACAUUAGCCUGCAUCUUCUAGAGGGACUUUAAGUCGCGUAGCUCCAAGACUCUGUCCGCCCCGGCGGUCCGUAAGACAUGCGCAGCUCGAGUGUGGCGUGGAUCGGAGGUGAGCAGUAGCUCGACAAUCCAUGCUGCAGGGCUGUGGAGGGCUUCCUCCAUGGCCGGCGAGGAACAUCACCAAGUUGCAGGUGUUGAAGUUGAUGAAGAUGAUACCCGUCUUGAGCGGAUUAUUGAGACCCAAGUUGCCUGGAUCGAUCUCAACUCUGGAAUCAAGUCGCUGGCUGAGAUUCCCAGUUCUCCCCAUAGCCUGUAAGUUGCCUCACUCGGCCUUAUCCAACUCCUAAUCUGCCGUCCUAGCCGGGAUAUGUUUUCUGGGAUAAGGCAUAUUAGGAGUUGGUUCAUUGUACUGCCUUCCCACCCCUCGUAUCCCACGAACCAAACGCGGAUAGAGGACUCGGGGGUAAAAGGGGACGCGAGACGUGCAGCACGUAUCCGCAGCUAUAUCCGCGGAAAACUCUCUGCUUUCUGUUCGUGGCUUCGGUAUCGACUCAGAUAAGGUGGAAGCGUUGGGGUCGUUGGAGUGAUCCGAAGGCGAUCAAAAGUUAGACGGGAGGCACAUUAUUCGCCUUCCCUCACCUGCAGAUGGAACCGCGGUGGCGUGAACCCAGAAGCCUUACUCCAGAUUACGGAUCAUCUGACGAAUGGUUUAGUGUAGAGGUACACCAUUCAGGAUUUUUCUGUGGGAUUGGGAGAAACAUAACCUCUCUAAAUGACAAGAUCGACUGGUUUGAUUAUUGCAACAAUGAUACUUGGUCACUUCUAUGGGUGGAGGAUUUUUUGAAGCAACUACAGAUUGCAUUCACAGGCUAUGUGAGGGUGUACUGGUGUGUGCCUGAACAAUCAAUAGGAGAAGGAUGGAGGCCUCUUAAGUGUGAUACUCACAUAGUGGAAAUGAACAAAGCCAGCCAAAUUGCAAAGAACAUUCUCUUAUAUGUUGACCAUCAUAACCUGUUGGAGUCACAUAAAAGUAAGUUGGUGGAUGACCCCUUUUUUAAUGGACAAAAGGAGUUUCCUGAUGUGACUGAUCUUGACAAUAGAAAGAAGCUUCAUGAGAGUGAACAAGGUGGAGGUUCAGAUGAGGAUUCUGAAAUAGAAACAAUUUAUGUUGACUCAGAUUAUGAAAUAGACAAUGACGAUGACCUCUAUAUGCAUAAUGUCGAUGACAUGGUUCAUGAUGAAAUGUGUGUGAACAAAAGCAAAUGGCCUACACUAGAGCAAGUGGAGAACGAGGAGGACAGUGAUACACCUGAUGUUGAAGAGCUGCAACUGCCUGAUCAAGAAGAGAAAGAAACCAUUAAUUUUAAUUUCCAUACAUUCAGGGAUGAUAUUGAUAUGACAAAUCCAAUUUUCAGAGUUGGAAUGAUUUUUGCAGAUGUUACAGAGCUUAGAAAGGCUGUGGAUGCUUACAGCCUCAAGAAUAGAAGGCCUAUUCGGAAAGUAAGAAAUGAGAAGAACAGACUUGAAGCUGUGUGCAAAGAGGGUUGUCCUUGGUUUUUAAAGGCAGGAUAUGAUAGUAGAAGCCAAAGCAUGCUAGUGAAGCAUUAUGAUGGCAAGCACACUUGCAACAAAGUGUGGGAACUCAAGGCAUUUACGGCACCUUUUCUUGCAAAGAGGUAUCUUGAGUAUUUUAGGGAUGACGAAAAGCUAAGUCUAAAAGCUUUUACAAAGAUUGUGCAGAGAAAGUUCCAAUUAAAAAUUUCUAGAUGCAAGAUGAGUAGGGCAAGAAGGGCAGCAUUGAAAGAGAUUUAUGGUGAGGUUUUGGAACACUACAAUCUUCUUUGGGACUAUGGUCAAGAGCUCAGAACAACCAAUCCUGGGAGCACAUUUUGGUUGACCCUUAAAACAAUUCAUCAUGUAGGGCCACCCCCAAGAUCACCGCAACACUUCAGCACCUGCUACUAUUCUCUAGAUGCAUGCAAGAGGGGUUUUUUGGAAGGGUGUAGACCCAUAAUUUGUGUGGAUUGUUGCCACAUCAAAACAAAGUAUGGUGGACAGUUGUUUACGGCUAUGGGUUACAGAAGUGGAGUCAACUAAUAGCUGGAAAUGGUUUCUGACCACAUUCAAGAACGAUCUUAACAUCAUUAAUACUGGACCAUACACCAUUAUGAGUGACAAACAGAAGGGCCUUAUCAAUGCUGUAAAUGCCAUCUUUCCUGAUGCUGAGCAAAGGUUUUGUGCUCGCCACAUGUAUCAAAAUUUCAAUGCUGUCCACAAAGGUGAGACCCUCAAGAAUGAUUUAUGGUCAUGUGCAAGAGCAUGUAACAUACCAAGGUGGAACAAGGCAUUGGCAAAAUUAGAGGAGGAUAGCCCUGAAGCCUACAAAUGGAUAGAGGAACAACCUCCAAACCAGUGGUGCAGAGCCUUCUUCUCCGAGUUUCCAAAAUGUGAUAUGUUGCUAAACAACAAUUGUGAAGUAUUUAACAAGUACAUACUUGAUGCAAGGGAGAUGCCUGUUCUCACUAUGUUUGAGAAAAUAAGAUGUCAGAUCAUGAAUAGGUUAUACACAAAACACAAGGAGGCUACUGAGAAGUGGAGAGGCAAGAUCUGUCCGAAGGUAAGGAAAAAGGUGGAGAGGCAUGCUGAGUAUGCAGGUGGUGUUGAUGUAUUUCCUAGUGGUGGUGGAGUUUUUUCAGUAAAAGAUAAGGAUGAAAUACAUGUGGUUGAUAUUAA